UCAGUUCUCUUCUUCUUCUCCAGCGGGGCGACGCGGAAGCGGCGCUUGUCCCGAAGAAUGUAGCCGCUCCUCAAGCCGGCAGCUAGUGUGAGAAAGGGGCUGUGUGUGUGUGAACUUCCGUUUGACGGGGGCCACUAUGGGUGUGUUCAAGUACUCCAAAGUGGACUUCCUCUUCAUUUGUUUGGGUCUGCUGUUCCUGCUGCUCGACAUAGCGCUGGACACAGUCGCCGUCGUGUCCUUCUACCAGGAAAAGGCCUACGCGAGCCUCGGCAUCCUGCUGCUGCUCCUCCUGGGCUCGUCCGUCCUCGUCCAGGCCUUCAGUUGGCUGUGGUACAGCGACGAGGGCUCGCAGAGGCAGACCAAGGUGGAGAAGUGCCUGAGCCUUGGCAGGCUCAAGCUGCUCCACGUGCUGCAGCUGGGGAUCUACUUCAGGCACGCGGGUAUGGUGGAGAUCUCCUUGUGCGGCUCCUGCUCAGAGAUCAGUGACUCCGAGGACGUCGCCGCGAGCAUGAGCCACGACCUGAGCAUCCUGCGGCUCUUCGAGACGUUUUCGGAGAGCGCCCCCCAGCUCGUCCUCAUGCUCACCAUCAUCCUGCGGAGCGGCGAGCUCGGCCUCGUGACAGUGUUGAAGGCUGUCGGGUCGGCCUCGACCAUCGCCUUCAGCGUGACCAUGUACCACCGCUCCCUGCGCUCCUUCCUGCCCGACAAGGAGAAGCAGGGGAGGACCUCGUCGGCGGUCCACUUCCUCUGGAACCUGCUCCUCAUCUCGUCUCGCCUCGCCGCCCUCGCCCUCUUCGCCUCGGCGAUGCCCUGCUUCAUCUUCGGCCACUUCUUUUGCUCCUGGGCGGUCUUGCUCCUGUUCGUGUGGCGGUCUAAGACGGACUUGAUGGACGGACCCUGCGGAGAGCGGCUCUACCGAGCCACCGUGGGCCUCAUUUGGUACUUCGACUGGUUUAACGUGGUGGAGGGGAGGACGAGGUACAGGACUCUGCUGUACCACGGCUACGUGCUGGUGGAUAUGUCGCUCCUCUGCGGCCUGUGGUGCUGGAAGAUGAUCACCGAACCGCCUUAUUUUAAAAUCCCCCCCCGGUGCGCCGUGAUCGCCGCCGUCAGUGUGGUCGCAGUUUACAUCCUCGGCCUCCUGUUGAAGAUGAUAUAUUAUAAGUGGUACCAUCCGAACGUGGCCAAGGAGGAGCUGAAAGGGGACGCCGCUGAAAAGGGCCGAGUUGGACAGGGACCGACUAGGUUUAAAACAUUGUCUGGCGAUGUGAUGGAUUUCUAUACGCACCCAGAUGCGAACGAGGUAUACGACCGCCUCCCCAAGUGCCUCAUCCUGAGGCGGGACGCGGACACAGACGUUACUGACCGUAGCGGACCGAGAGCUCCAGCACCCGACAUCAAGCGUUGCAAUAAAAGAAUGAGGACGUUGGCCCAGAACUUCUACUCCUGACCUGCAUCACGUGGCGUCCACCAGACCUGGAGGUUGGGCUCACGCGGACUUGACCCGCCAGAUAAAUUAGGAUCUCACGGGGGUUUUGUGGGACCGACGGACUGUGACCCGCUGCCCGAGUAACCACAGAUUCAACCUCACGAGUCACGACUGCUGUGUUGUGGUGUGAGCACCGUCUUCAACAUGUUAACCGGUGCUGCUGUGGACCCGAAGUGCCUCAAGCUGAAUGGAACCAAUCGGGGACGAAACCCCAGUUUUCUGAUGCAUUCCAAAUUUUAAAUGCUAUGAAAAGUAUAGGGGUGUGGCCUGUCACGAUUAUUACGUUAUCAACUAACCUACAUUACCCCAUUUUUACAUAAAUUACUUAUCUUACGUUAUAUGGACAAGGCCUCGAUCAUCUUUACAUAAAUGACUUAUCUUACGAUAUAUAUGGACACGACCUCGAUCAUUUUUACAUAAAUGACUUAUCUUACGGAUAUGACCUCGAUAAUUUGGCCAUUUUAUUGUUUGGAUUAUUUAUUUAGAAUAUUUUUUACCAUUUAGUUUUUUUUAAUGAGUUGAACCAUUCCUAUUCCAAUGAAAUGGUUCAACUCAACUAUAAAUGGUUAAUCAUAUCAAGUCCUCAAGAUUGUAGUCAAAACAAGUCAAACCUCAUUUCUGAUGACUAUUUAUGUCGCCAUCUUUUCUUCAACAGCAAUUUAAGCAUUUCCAUUCAGUAUUUACCUCUUAAUGUAAACACACUAGACUCACUAUAGUUAGUCAUUUUCAGAUAAACUAAUUUGUGCAUGGCUACAUUUAAUAAAAGCAUUAGCCUUUGGGGUUCUUGGGACAUUUCUUAUAAACAUGGUUUUAAUGAAAAUGUUACAAAUAUUAUAUUUAUACUAGAUAUGUUUGUUACUAUGUAAUCAUUUUAUUUUCACAGUAAUAAAUAGACAGAUACUUGA